UUUCCGCUGACGGCAGCCAAUCAGCGGCGGCGACGGAGGCUCGCGGAUGAGCUCCCGCCAAUUCUGACUUGAGCGCGAGGGAGUUCAGCGGGGAUGAGCAGCGGCCGGCGGGGAGCUAGUCACGGAUAAAAGUCAGUCCAAGAACAAAAAGAAGUUAUUGUUAUUAAAAAAAAUAAUAAUAAAAACCACGCCGUAACGACACUCGACAGUUUUGUUCUCCCUUUACAAGCGCAGAGCCCAUGAAGGUUUCGGAGGUUCUCAGGACGUGAAUAGCUUCACUGCUCUCUUUUCAUUUCCACGGAAAGUUUCCUUCUUUCUCGUGAACUUUACUCGGUAACCGAAUGGUGGUGGAGAUGCUCGCGGACGGAGACCCUUCUGCGGCCGGGCCUUUAGCCUGCACGCCCCGGAGAGGUAUGGAUUGCGUGGACAAAACCAACACUGCCAACAAGAAGCUCGUUCAAGCACGUCUUCCCUUCAAACGACUUAACCCAGUGCCCAAGAAAACCGGGCAGAGCAAAAGAACCAGAACAGCAUGUUCUGCUCCUCCUACCCCUGAACCCAGUGCUUCUGAUGGGGAGAAUGAAGCUGAUGCUACCUCUGCACCCCUGCAACCAAGACCCGCUCUGAUAAAUGGCCGCGGGCCUCUUGAUGGUUUUAUGAGGCGGACCAAGUGUCCUCCAGUUAGUUCUGCUUCUGCUGUUGUUAUUGACCUAACAGAGGACUCAAACUCCACUGAUGUCAAGUCACAGCCUUCUGCUCCUGUGGAUGCAUUGUGCCCUUCUACAGACGAAGCUGCAAAAAAUACCCAAAAUGUCACAGAGACAAAAGAGCCAGAAGCGGCCUCUGCUGUUCCACUUUCGUCAGAAGAAACUAUGGAAACCGAUGAAGCAGAGGACAGUGUUGCUUUCCCCCAGUUGGACAGCACUCUCGAGUCUGAAACCGAGACGGAGCAGAGUCAGAAGCAGCAACAAGAGACUGAAGAGGGUCAGGAGAAUGAAUCUCUGCUGUCUACCAGCUCUGUGUCACUGGUCGAGAGUUCACCAGAGCCCAGCAAGAGCACACCAACCACUCCGGCAUCAGUGUCAAGGAUGAACACUGAGCAGAAACAAUUAAAAAGACGCUCUCUUAAGAAUGCUCAAGAACUGGAAGAGAAGCAGCGACAACGAGAGGAGAAAGAGCGGCAGAAACAGGAGGCCAGAGCUGCCAAAGAGAAGAAAAGAGAGGAAGCACGGAGACAGAAGGAGGAGAUGAAGAAAGAGAAACAAGAGAAGAAAGAGAAGGAGGAAAGGGAACGGCGAGAGAAAAGGGAAAAGCACGACAAAGAGAAGGCAGAGAGACAGCAGGCAAAGGAAGAGCAGCGUAAAGUGAAGAUUGAGGCUAAACUUGAAGAGAAGAGAAAGAAAGAAGAGGAAAAACGGUUGAAGGAAGAGAAAGAGAGAAUCAAAGCAGAAAAGGCUGAGAUCACUCGAUUCCUACAGAAACCCAAGCCUCAGUUAGCACCAAAAACUCUGGCAUCUGUCUGUGGAAAGUUUGCGCCAUUUGAAAUCAAAGAACAUAUGUCUUUGGCCCCACUUACCCGAGUGCAGUGUGAAGAGGCAGUUCUAGAGGAGCUAGAUCGAUACCUGACAGACCCAGAUGGCACUCUCAACUGCCUAAAGGACUGGUUAACCCAUAAACCCCGCAAGUCAGGACCAACCAAACCCAAACACACAGACACACCGAGGGACUGUGUAGUGGUUGAUGAUGGCCCAAAACCUGAAGGUGUUCCUGACCACAAACGUUAUGGACGUAUGAAGCUUCUUCAGUUUCGUGAAAACUACCGUCCUGCCUACUGGGGCACUUGGAGCAAAAAAAGUAGCCACAUAUCACCUCGCUGCCCUUUCAAGCUGGACAAGGAAUUGCUUGAUUAUGAGGUGGACAGUGAUGAGGAAUGGGAAGAGGAGGAGCCAGGAGAGUCCCUGUCACACAGUGAAGGGGAUGAUGAAGAUGAAGGUGAUGAUGAUGAUGAAGACGAUGGCUUCUUUGUGCCCCAUGGUUAUCUUUCAGAUGGGGAAGGAGCACUUGAAGAUGAGGAGGGAGGUGACCCUGAGAAGCAGAAGGUGCGUCAGAAGCUGAAGGCUCGGGAGUGGGAUGAGCUGAUGGCGAAGAGGAAGCUGAAUGUGCUGGAGGCAGUGGUGAGGGGCUGUGUGUGGGAGGGAGAGGAUCCGCCAUCAGACAUGUUGCAGCCCUACGCGGUCUGCAUGAUAGAGCGUCUGAACAGUGAGGAGCCCAACACACCUGAAGAAAACGCCUCGCGCCAACAGAGAAACGACCAAUGGCUCUCUCAGCUGUUGCCCUUGUUGCAUGGCAAUGUGAACAGCAGUAAGGUGAUCAUCACAGAGUUCCAGGAGUUCUGUCGCCAGCAAAUGUCCUCACCAGCUGGCAGCCCACAGAGUUCUGCAGACAACAUUCCCCCCAGGAUUCAAGUCAAGCGUCUCAUAAAGGAAAAUGCGGUAUAUGAAAAGCGAUCGACCUACAGAAGGUGCUGCUGGUACGUUCACCCAGAUGUCCUGGCGCGUUUUGGUCAGGAGGCCUUACCAGUGCCCUGUCAAUGGACCUACCUCACCCCUGGUGCACACACAGCCCGAGACGAAUCCACUCUGGGGUCACAAGGCUCCUCUCCCACUGCGUCACAUUCCACCUCCACCACUCCCUCCAACAAGAGGAAAAGUGGCAGUAACCAGUCUAUCACAAAGUACAUGAAGAGAUGUGGUGAACCUGAACAGGCUGAAGCAAUGGAAACGGAUGGCUUUCAGGCAGACACUGAGGAUGAAGAUGAUGACGACUGUGUUCUUUUGUGUGAGCAAUCCGGAUCUUCUGAACAGAACAGCCAAAUCCCCAGAACAGAAACCAAGAACACAGAGGCAAUGGACACUCUUCUCUCUCUUCCCUGCCCUACACCAGCUACUGCUUGAGGCACCACUUCUGUUCAGUGUCAGUCUUAACUGUGUGCAUGAGGGGCUAAAAACCUAGUCAACAGUUACAGGUAAUGCACAGUAUUAAAGGCCCAUCAAAUGAGCAGUCAUGCUAUCUGUCAAACGAGUUGUCUGAUAGUUCACUGUAACAGUCUACUACCGGCUUCAGCUCUAACAAGGCUCUUUUUAACAAAAGGCAGCUAUCUGUGGAUUAUUAAAUGGUUGUGUAUAAACUGUCUAGGCUCUCAUCGUCCACGGUGGCCCAACACCUCAGCACAUGAUUCUGGACGCACAGCUCAGUGUAAAAGCCCCAUUUUAAAAAUACAUACAGUCUAUAUAUAUAAAUAUAUAUAUAUUUGUUUUUUUCCCCAGAAUACUUGAACUGGUUUAUCUCAUUAAAAAUAAUGUUUUUGAAAAA